UCCUGCCGUGAACAAAGAGGCUGUGUUAGAGAAGCACCAGCCAGGCAGGACCUCUACAGCGUGGACCGGGAGUUGGGAAGGCAGAGGAUUGGAAGAACCCAGAAGCGGGACACAGUCACAGAGUGGCUGUCACCAAGCAGCUGUCGACCUGUUAUCCUAGGACGGAUGGAAGAGCUGGUGGGGCUGCGUGAGGGCUCCUCCGGGAAGCCGGUGACCCUGCAAGAGCUAUGGGGUCCGUGUCCACGCAUCCGCCGAGGCAUCAGAGCUGUGACCCCAGUGUCCUGUCCAGGGGGCCUAGAGUGGCUGAAAGAGCGACUGUUCCGUGCGCGUGAGGACUGGUACUUCCUGGUGGCUCUUGGGGUGCUCAUGGCUCUGAUCAGCUAUGCCAUGAACUUUGCUAUCGGGCGUGUGGUCAGAGCACACAAGUGGCUGUACAGGGAAGUUGGGGACGGCCACCUACUCCGGUACCUCUCCUGGACCGUGUACCCCGUAGCUCUUCUGUCCUUCUCCUCCGGCUUCUCACAGAGCAUUACGCCCUUCUCUGGAGGGUCUGGACUCCCAGAGCUGAAGACCAUGCUGUCCGGAGUGGUCCUGGAGAACUACCUAGACAUCAAGAACUUCGGGGCCAAGGUGGUGGGCCUCUCCUGCACCCUGGCAACAGGCAGCACCAUCUUCCUAGGCAAAGUGGGCCCGUUUGUGCACCUGAGUGUGAUGAUUUCUGCUUAUCUGGGCCGCGUGCGCGCCAAGGCCGUCGGGGAUACUGAGAGCAAGGCCAAGGAAGUUGAAAUGCUGUCGGCGGCAGCGGCAGUGGGCGUGGCCACAGUCUUCGCCGCUCCCUUCAGCGGUGUCCUGUUCAGCAUCGAGGUCAUGUCCUCUCACUUCUCCGUCUGGAAUUACUGGAGGGGCUUCUUCGCUGCCACCUGCGGGGCCUUCAUGUUCCGUCUCCUGGCGGUCUUCAACAGUGAACAGGAGACCAUCACCUCCAUCUACAAAACCAGAUUCCGAGUGGAUGUGCCCUUUGACCUGCCUGAAAUCUUCUUCUUUGUGGCUCUGGGGUUCAUCUGCGGGAUACUCAGUUGUGUUUACCUGUUCUGUCAGCGAAAUUUUCUCCGCUUCAUCAAGACCAAUCGCUACACCUCCAAACUGCUGGCUACAAGCAAGCCGUCCUACGCAGCUCUGGUCGCACUGGUCCUGGCCUCAGUCACCUAUCCCCCUGGUGUGGGCCGUUUCAUGGCUUCCCGGCUGUCCAUGGCAGAACACUUGCACUCUCUGUUUGACAACAACUCGUGGGCGUUGAUGACCCGGAAUGCGUCCCCACCCUGGCCUGCUGAGCCCGACCCCCAGAACCUGUGGUUUGAAUGGUACCACCCGCAGUUCACCAUCUUUGGGACGCUGGCUUUCUUCCUGAUCAUGAAGUUUUGGAUGCUGAUUCUGGCCACCACGAUCCCCAUGCCUGCUGGCUACUUCAUGCCUAUAUUCAUCAUCGGAGCUGCCAUCGGGCGCCUCUUGGGAGAGGCCCUGUCUGUCGCCUUCCCAGAGGGCAUUGUGGCUGGUGGAGAGGUCUAUCCCAUCAUGCCUGGGGGCUAUGCUCUGGCAGGUGCUGCUGCCUUCUCCGGAGCGGUGACCCACACCAUCUCCACAGCGCUGCUGGCCUUUGAGCUGACUGGCCAGAUCGUUCACGCACUGCCUGUGCUGAUGGCUGUGCUGGCGGCCAAUGUCAUCUCCCAAAACUUACAGCCCUCUUUCUACGAUGGUACCAUCAUGGCCAAGAAACUGCCGUACCUGCCGUGGAUCCGUGGCCGACAGAUUGGCUCCUACCCUGUCACGGUGGAACAUUUCAUGAACUCUAACCUCACCACACUGGCCAAGGACAUGCCCCUGGAGGAGGUGGUCAAGGUGGUGACCUCCACAGAUGUGUCUCAGUAUCCCUUGGUGGAGACCAGAGAGUCUCAGACCCUGGUGGGCAUUGUGGAAAGGACCCACUUGGUGCAAGCCCUCCAGACCCAGCCAGCUUCCUGGGCUCCAGGCCAAGAGCGAUUUCUCCAGGACAUCUUGGCUGGUGGCUGCCCCACACAGCCAGUGACCCUGCAGCUGUCCCCAGAGACCUCCCUGUAUCAGGCACACAGGCUCUUUGAACUGCUGACCCUUCAGGCGCUGUUCGUGACGUCACGGGGCAGAGCUGUGGGCUCUGUGUCCUGGGUGGAGCUGAAGAAAGCCAUUUCCACCUUGAUCAACCCACCAGCCCCUAAGUGAGCCCGUGUGGGGGAACAGGAACCCAGCUGAGGGCUCCAGAUGCUGCACAGAGCCCUGCCCCUUUUCCCUCCCUCCCUGCACCCCUCCAGCCCAGCCCAGCUACUCAGUGCAUCAGCCAGCUCUACCCAGCUGAACAGGGCUCCACAUUUAUCAUGCCCCCCCCCCUCCCCUCAGAGGACAACAUCUCUCUGGUCUGAAAGGGACAAAUCUCACCCCAGUGGAUGGGACGUACCUUCUGGGAUUAUCUAUUCACAACCAGCAGCUCCUGAGAAAAUAAAACUAAAGCUGAU